GUGGUUUGCUUGGGCUUUGGAUGAUGCUUUGGGGCGUUUGGGCUUUGGAUGGUGCUUUGGGCUUUGGAUGGUUCGCUUUAAGCUUUGGGGCUUUGGAUAGUUCGCUUUGGGCUUUAAUGGUGCUUUGGGGCUUUUGGAUGUAUCUUCAUCCUAGUAAUCUGGUCAUUCUCAUUUCUGGAUAUUUGGUUGUCUCUGCUUCCACUUCAGAACACUUGGUCAUCUCUGCCUCCGCUCCAAAACACUUGGUCGCCUCUGUCUCUACUUCAAGACAUCUGGUUGCCUCUAUUUCUGCUCCUGCUCCUGCUCGUGACUCGUUAGAAAAACAAGUUCAACAGCUUGAAAGGCUGUUCUAUGAGCUUGAAAGUUGCGUAAUGGAAUUUGAAAAGCAAAAAAGAAGAAAA